AUGUAUAAAGAAGCCUGCUGCCGAGAUAAGUCUGCUUGGAACACGAUGCGUUGUGGGAUGCCGGACUUCAGCUACAUCACAUUCGAGAAGUGCUGUCAGGGUUCUGAAUUUUACAAUGCUGCCGAGAAGUGCCUCUUCAGCCAGUCGCAGCAUGGCGAAGAGAACGCCAUUGUUGAAACUUUCUCCUGGCAAGAGAAGCGGGGUGGAGUUUAUGUUGAGAUUGGUGCGUUCGAUGGCAUUACCUACUCAAACACCCUGCGGCUGCACAGCUGCCUCGGCUGGACAGGCAUCUUGGUCGAAGGCAGCCCUCGCAACUACGCGCUGCUUCGGCAGAACUCGGCCGUGGCACGCCCCACCAACGCGGUGGCCCACUAUGGCGCUGUCUGUGCGCCACCGCAAACGCACGUGACCUUCAUUGUGAACCAGGAUGGUGCAAUGGAUGCUGAUGUGCAGCAUAUGUCACAAGAGGUCAAGAACCACUACAACGAGACUUUUUUCGGGCACGUGGAGAGUAUCCCAUGCAAGCCCAUGUCUUCGUACUUGCACGUGAAGCACAUCGACUUCUUUUCGUUGGAUGUGGAGGGGUCUGAGCUCGAGGUGCUGCUAACCAUAGAUUUCACCGAAGUGACGGUGGAGGUCUUCAUGAUCGAGUUCCAUAAGUUCGACCCAACAAAAAGCUGGAAGAUACGCAACUUGCUCAAAAGCCUUGGCUACGUGGAAUGCCAACACAAAUUGGACAUCAACUACCUCUUCGUGAGGAAGCAUGGGCCCUAUGCUGGAAAAUGUUAA